AACCAAAACGGCAGUCGACGGCGGACGGAUAACUCCGUCGACUCCGCCCCCAUCCCGCCCCCAUCCAGAGACGCCGUGAGAUACUUUGGUUCCGCAUCCCAACGCAGGAAGCAACCGCGGCCAAACUCGCGCCGGACGGACGGUGGCGUGUCCUCCACUUCCGGCACUACCACCACGCAACAAGAAGAGGAGGAAGCCUGCUGGACCGGGGCCCCGCACUGGCACGACUCGUAUUCGUACGACGACGCAUCCACCACACUCCACGCCCUAGAAGCGAGUGAAACGCGCGCGCGCCGGGAGGGAGAGGGCGGAGAUGGCGGCGGCGGCGAUGGCGCGGCGGGGUGCGGCGCGGGCGCUGGCGAUCGCGCGCCGGGGGAUGUGCUCCACCUCGGCGCCCGCGGCGGCGCUGUCGUCGGAGGAGCUCAUACGGAUGGAGCGGGACUGCAGCGCGCACAACUACCAUCCGAUUCCCAUGGUGUUUUCCAAAGGGGAAGGUUCGCAUAUAUUGGACCCUGAAGGCAACAAAUAUAUUGAUUUUCUCUCUGCUUAUUCUGCAGUCAAUCAGGGCCAUUGCCAUCCAAAAGUCCUAAGAGCUUUGAUAGAACAAGCAGAAAGGCUUACACUUAGUUCCAGAGCUUUCUACAAUGACAAGUUCCCAGUCUUUGCGGAGUAUUUGACGAGCAUGUUUGGGUAUGAUAUGAUGUUGCCAAUGAACACUGGAGCCGAAGGAGUGGAAACGGCUAUUAAAUUGGCAAGAAAAUGGGGUUAUGAAAAGAAGAAUAUACCAAAGAACGAGGCUUUGAUUGUCUCUUGCUGUGGAUGUUUCCAUGGUCGGACGUUGGGGGUCAUUUCUAUGAGCUGUGACAAUGAUGCAACUCGUGGUUUUGGUCCUUUGGUUCCUGGUCAUCUUAAAGUUGAUUUUGGAGACAUUGAUGGGUUGGAGAAAAUCUUUAAAGAGCAUGGGGAUCGUAUAUGCGGUUUUUUGUUUGAACCAAUCCAAGGAGAAGCUGGGGUAAUAAUCCCACCAGAUGGUUAUUUGAAAGCUGUCAGAGAUUUGUGCUCUAGGCACAACAUUCUGAUGAUUGAUGAUGAGAUCCAAACAGGCAUAGCUCGAACUGGCAAAAUGUUGGCAUGCGAUUGGGAAGGUGUACGACCUGAUAUGGUGAUUCUAGGCAAGGCACUUGGUGCUGGAGUAGUUCCGGUCAGUGCAGUUCUCGCGGAUAAGGAUAUCAUGCUGUGUAUCAAGCCAGGAGAACAUGGAAGUACCUUUGGUGGAAACCCGUUGGCAAGUGCUGUGGCAAUCGCAUCUCUGAAAGUGGUCAAGGAUGAAGGUCUUGUUGAAAGAGCCGCGGAGUUAGGUCAGGAGUUCAGAGACCAGUUACGAAAGGUUCAACAGAAAUUUCCUGAUAUUAUUAGGGAAAUACGUGGGAGAGGUUUGCUUAAUGCAGUAGACCUAAGCAGCAAAGCUCUAUACCCUGCUUCUGCAUAUGAUAUUUGCAUCAAGCUAAAGGAGAGGGGCAUUCUUGCAAAGCCCACGCAUGACACCAUAAUCCGAUUAGCCCCUCCCAUUUCAAUCAGUCCCGAGGAGCUCGCAGAAGCAUCAAAGGCACUCAGCGAUGUGCUUGAACAUGACUUGCCGCAGUUGCAGAAGCAGAUCAAGAAGCCAGAAUCGGAGGCGAAAACACCUGUCUGCGAUAGGUGCGGUCGGGAUUUAUAAGGGCGGCCGUUCAUCCGAGCAGAGACAAGGUACCAGCAAUUUCAGAGACACCGUAACAACCCGGAAUAACAGAACAUUGAUUUCUCACUGUGGUAUACCGCACCAUGUCGGCACUCUCUGCUCAGAAAAUGUGCCAUUGCUACAUUGAUUGUAAAUAAAUGGAAUUUGUCUGUCGACCCAUCUGCCCAUUCUCGUUAUUUCUAGUGAUAUUGCUUCUCUUA